AUGCAAUUAAAACUAGUAUUGGUAUCGAUAUUCUUCGUAUAUUCUUCCUGGUGUAUCGUAGGACUAAAUACUUACACUCCAUCAUCGGCUGGCUGUGGAUGUUGUCCAUUACCAAAAUGUGAUGUCAAACCAUUCUCAUGUUCAUCAAAUAUAGAUUGUGAAUGUUUACAAAUGACAGUGACCGGUGGUGGUAUUUGUGCUAAUAUAGUCAUAUCUUGUUCGGCUUUAACUCAAUGUGAAGCUGAUAAUCAAACAUGUUCAGUACCUAAUACAAUUUGUGUCAAUAAUACACGUUGUGAUGUACCAGUUUGUUAUCCAAUCGCAUUAGCUACACCAAAAAUGUGUCCACCAUUAACUUCAGGAAAUGCCAGUACUAGUCUUCCAACAACAACAAUAAAGAUACAUACAACAACAACAGAGAGACUACCACCAACAACAACAGAGAUGCAUACAACAUCAGAGGUGCGGUCAACAACUGAGAUGCAUACAACAGCAGAGAUGCGUACAACAACUGAGAUGCAUACAACAACAACAGAGAGACUACCACCACCAACAACAGAGAUGCAUACAACAGCAGCGAUACAUACAACAGCCACAGAAAGACCAACAACAACGAUGAUCACCAUAAAUGCUUGUUCUAAUGGAACUCGAUGCUUGAAUAAUGGAACAUGUCAACCAUCUGGAAAUAGCUUCUUCUGUUUAUGUCCUGGAUCAUACUAUGGUUCUAACUGUCAAUACGUAGGAUCAUCAACUAGUCUUAGUGUCGUUGACGGAAUUAUUAAUGGUUCAAACAUAACUUAUGAACGCACAGUAGAAAAUGUUCUAAAUCGAAACAAUUGGACUAACAUUGCUGCUGUCGUUGAUGUUACUGGUUCAAUGUUAUCCUGUGCAGCUGCUGUUUAUAAAUGGGUGAUAUUGUCAUAUGAACGCGUUAAUAAAAUUAAAUAUUAUGUCUUCUUUAACGACGGUGAUGAUAAGCCUCAAGCAAAUAAGACUAUUGGUUCUACCGGAGGUCUUUAUGGUAUUGAUGCUUCCAAUUUGAAUACAGUGUUAAAUACUAUGAAAACAGCAAUGAAAAAUGGUAAUGGUGGUGAUAUACCUGAAAAUGAUAUUGAAGCAUUACUAUAUGGUAUUAAAAAAUGUCCGACUUGUUCAAAUAUUAUUCAUAUAGCUGAUAAUCAAGCAACACCACGAGAUAUGAUUCUAUUGAAAAAUGUAACUAAACCAGUCAAAGUUAUUGUUUGUCAGUUGAAUGGAAAUGCUUUAAAUACGAAUCUGAUGAAUAUUGCUUCUAAUACAGGCGGUUCAAUUCAUACACUCGAACAAGAUAUAUUAAACUUAUCAGAUAUUCCAAUCAAUGGUAUAAUUACUAUUGGAACUCGAACUUAUAGAAAAACGGCAACAGUGUUAUGCACAGCUUCACGAACCUAUUCUAUUGCAGAACCACAAGGAGAAAUUCAUCCACAACAUUCAGUUGAUAUAAUUGUACGCCUUCUUGAUACAUCAUCAAAUGAAAAUGUUGUACAUAAAAUUCGUAUACAAUAUUUCGAUCGUCAAAAACCACAAGAUCUUAUAGGCAAAAGAGAUAUUACAUGUACGAUAUUAUCUUAUAAACCAUUAGAACAAAAUUUUGAUGAUGAAAUUAAUAAUUCAUCUAGUCGAAUAAGAACAACAACAACAACAAAACUUACACAACAAGAAACACGAGAUCCAUUAGUUAUUUUGAUUUUAAUUAUUCUGGGUGUUAUAUGUGCUUUAAUACUCAUUUUACCAGCAAUAUCUGAUAAUGAAAGUAGCUUAAAAAUAUAUUUACCAUCUUAUUUACAUAUGACAACUAAUUCAAAAGUUGUUGCUAGCUAUAUUCUUGGCAUUUUAACUGUAGUCUUCAUUCGACGAUAA